AUGGACCAGCUGACGCAGCACCUGGCCGCCCUGGGCCUGCCGAGUGGCGCUGGCGCCCGGGGCUUUGCGCCUCCUGCGCUAGGCCAAGCGCCCGUCAUUCUGGGGCCGCGGGAGCCGAAGCUCGAGUUUCGGCUGUAUUUCCCGGUCCCUCCGCAUCGCGGGGCGACCUACCGCGCCGCCAAAACCAAGGAUGGACUCAAUUUUGUUGGGUUGCUGUUGGGCCAUGGCGGGCGCACCCUGCAGAAAAUUCAGCGUGCCACCCGCGCGAAGAUCGAGAUUUGCAACAGCGAGGGCAACCUCAACGGCUCCCAUCCGUUGGUCUCGGACACCACCCUGCACGCGCGCAUCCAGGCCGAGACUCUGGAGCGUCUGCAGCAGGCGUGCCUUCUCGUCGCCCAGGUCCUCCAACCGACCAACACCCAGUUCCAGCACUUCAUCGUUGCGCCCGGUGGGGAGGCGGUGCUCACGCCCAUCGUGCACGCCGGCAUGUCCGAAGAGGGCGGGUCGACGCGGUCUGCGCGGAGGAGCGCGAGGAAGGCCAGGAAGGCGCAGGCCAGCGCGUUCCGUCAGAUGCUGAGCGGCGAACUGCAGGCUCCCGCCCUGAUUGCGGACCCCGCUUUUGAUCUCCAGCACGCAGGCGGAGUGCUCGCCGAUCAAGGGGCCGCGAGCGCGGGCCUGUACGGACACCCCUUCCUCGCGCAGGCGGCGCACGGGCGGCAGCAGGGCUUCUACGCCCCGCAAGGCGUGCCCAUGUACGAGCCGCAGAUGGGCGGCGCCUUCGCUGCGCCCGGGGUGACGGGGGCCGCGCUUCACGCCAUGGGCCACCACGCUGCGAGCGUGGCGGGCGCGCACCCGCCACAGCACGCGGCUGCCUGGCCCGGGAUGGAAGCGCCGGUCCCUGCACCAUACAUGCACGAGGGCGUGGCGGGCGUGGGGGGGUCGCCGCUCAGGGACGUGCACGGGUCGUUGGCGCACGGCGCCGAGCACGCGCUCAUGUCGCGCGCAGGCGCCCCGCGCUCCCCGGGCGAGAGCCUCACUGGCCACGUCGGUCGGGACAGUACUCUUCCGGGUGAUGCCUUGCGGGGGCCUCGCAGCGGGGCCGGAGCCGUCUACAACGAGCGAAUGCUGCUGAGCGAUCCCACGGCGAACUACAUGCACGUCUCGGGGUCGCUCACCGGGACGGACGCCCUGGACAGCCACGGUCAUGCGGGGCGGUUCACCGACGCCGGCGCGGCGGUCUGGCCGCCCGCGAACAAGGAGGACGUCGAGGUUCCCACCGCAGUGAGCGGGCCGCCGACGAGCCGGCAGCUCUGA